CUGGCGGGUUACAUUUGUCUUCAGUCUGACAGGACAAGCAACGACGGUAGCGCUCCUCUGCCAUGUUCUAGUUCUUAAUGAGGACAACUAUACUACUACAUGCUCCUCAAAGGCAAAGUGAAGCAACGGAAACGAAGAUUUUUUUCGGGUUGUGGGCUCGUGAUGCCUUUUCUGACUGACGCUCUCGUCCGGCAGUCAUGGCGAUGAGGCAAGACUUGUCUGGUGGACAGUGAGGAACCGGACUCAGAUGAAGAAGAAAGCACAAGAGGACCAGCAGCCAAAAACUACAACCACCAAAUCUUCUAUAAAAAGGGAGAAGAUAAAAACUGGAGGAGAGAGAGGGGGACAUGUAAGAAGCAGCUUCACGUCAGAGAGGACAUUCAGAAACAGCGAGAUUUGGAGUUGAACGGAAGGAAUGUACCAGACCAGUUAAGAGGGUGGGGAAACAUCUGGAUGACCUCCAGAGAUGGCCUCCAACUUCAAUGACAUUGUCAAGCAGGGGUAUGUGCGCAUGCGCAGUCGAAAGCUCGGGAUUUAUCGCCGUUGCUGGUUAGUUUUCAAGAAGUCGUCCAGUAAAGGGCCCCGUCGACUGGAGAAAUACGCUGAUGAAAAAUCUGCCAACAUCAGAGCCUGUCCGAAGGUGACAGAAAUUAGCAACGUUAAGAGUGUGACACGGCUUCCUCGGGAUACCAAACGACAGGCAGUGGCCAUUGUACUGACUGACGACACUUCACGCACUUUCACCUGUGAAUCAGAACUGGAGGCAGAAGACUGGUUCAAGACACUGUCCAUCGAGUGUUUGGGAACGCGGGUCAGUGACAUCAUCAUGGGAGAACCAGAUCUCUUGGCAGCCGGGAUGCAAUGUGAACACACAGAGCGCUUUAAUGUGUUCCUCCUACCUUGCCCCAACUUGGACAUCUAUGGAGAAUGCAUGAUGCAGAUCACUCAUGAGAACAUUUACCUUUGGGACAUUCACAACCCCCGCACCAAGCUGGUGACCUGGCCACUCAGCUCCUUGCGACGCUACGGGCGAGACGCCACUCGCUUCACCUUUGAGGCAGGAAGGUGUGACAGCGGUGAAGGUCUCUAUACAUUCCAGACCAGAGAAGGAGAGCAGAUAUAUCAAAUGGUUCACUCUUCCACCCUAGCAAUUGCUGAGCAGCACAAAAAGGUUCUGCUGGAGAUGGAGAAAAAAAGCAGAUUGAUGUUUCGAGGUUCAGAAUCAAACUCCUAUCCAUCAACCCCAACUGCCAUACUGCCCAGAUCGGCCUACUGGCACCAUAUCACCGGAACUCACGCUGACAUGGACUCUGUAGGCGGUCAUGCCUCAGAGGAGCUGCUGCUGUCAGCUUGUCUUCCUACUGAGCGCUAUGCCUCUCUGCCCCUUGCAAACAUGCAUGCACAGUCUCAGCCACACAUAUACACACAUUUCCCAUCACCGCUUUGCACCUUCCCUGGACAGUAACACAUCCAUAUUCAAGAAGCUUUAUUAUACAUUCUACACACAUGCACAGACAAAAAAUUGUUUCUCUCUGAAAGAAUCCACAGUUCAUUAAAGAUAAAGAAUAAAACGCCAAAUCUUUUGAAGGACGUCUACAGUCAGGGGUGUCCAAACGUUUUACACCCAGUGUCAAAUACUAAAAAAUGAAAGGAUGCAAAGGCCACUUUGAUAUUUUGCAUUGCUUCUGCUAAGAAGGUAUAUAAAUAUUUCAAGAAAAAAACGACAUCUUAGCUUUAUGAUGUAGGUGGAAAAAAAACAUUUAAAAAUGUUUCAUAAUAUUAUGACUUUAUUCCCAUAGUAUUAUAACUUUUCCCCAACCUAAUUUUCCAAAAAUGACAACUUCAUUUUGUUUAGUUUGCUUUCAUAAUACUGUAUUACGACUUUAAAAAAAAUAACAUUUUUUUUCUUCAAUAUUUAAACUCUAUGCUGCUAAAAUUACGCUACUUUUCUAUCUCAUAAAAUUGGGACUUUUCUUCUUGUUAGAAUACGACUUUUUUGUCUUAAUAUUUUGACUUUUGUCUUUAAAAUUACAGCAUUUUUUUUCAAUUUUUGCUGGGUUUUUUUUUCAAUUUUCUAACUAUUUCAACUUUCUUCUUGUAUUUUUUUUCCUCGUAAUUAUGACUUAAUUCCCAUUAUAUUUUGACUUUAUUCUCAUAACAUUAUAACAUUUUCCACAACCUAAUUUUCCAAAAAUUACUUUAUUUUGUUUUUCAUAAUACUUUGUUUCUCAUAAUAUUAUCAUUUUAGUGGCUUUAAUAUUUCAACUUUAUGCUAUAAAAAUGAUGUUUUUAAAAAAAAAUAAUAUUACAAUGUUAUUCUCAUAAUUACAACUUUUUCUCAUUAGAUUACGACUUUUUUGUUUUCAUAUUUUCACUUUAUUUUUGUAAAAUUACUGCUGAUUUUUCCAUUUUUGGUUGUUUUAUUUUGUUUUGUUGUUAAAUCAUAUUUUUAGACUGUGCCAACCUCAGCCAAUUUGUUAUUGUCCAAAUAUUUCAACUUUCUUCUUAAAUGUUUUGCAUAAAUUUACUUUUUGUAAUAUUUUGGCUUUAUUCCUAUAAUAUAACUUUUUCCCCAACCUAAUUUUCCAAAAAAUUACAUGAUUAUUUUCUCAUAACAUUGCAACUUUAAAAAAUGUAUUUUUUCUAUAAUAUUUAAACUUUAUCCUGCUCGUAAAAAUUACGACUUCUCAUUAGAUUACAACUGUUUUCUCCUGGUAUAUAUCUCCUGAUACUUUAUUCUUGUAAAAGUACUGCUGGUUUUUCCAUUUUUGCUGUGUUUUUUUAAACAAGUUUUCUUGUUAAAAUUUAUUUUCAGAACAAGCCAGUAAAAAGCAGCUGCAGGCCGCACUUUGGACACCCCUGGCACAACAGAAGUAAUACUGAUGAGUGAAUGAAGGUACCAGAUGUGCAAAUACACAGUACAUAACAGAAUAAUGAAUGAAUUGGGGUGUAAGAGUAUGAUUCUUUGCUUUCUGUUCGGUACAUACCGUAUGCGUACUGAUUUCCCACAUGGUAUAAAGAAGCAUUUUGGAUACUUAUAAUUGUAUUUAUAUUAUUGAAGUAUUUAAAUAACUACUGUGUUCAACUUGCAUGCACAAAAUUCCGUAAAAAUAAAAAUGAUUGU